GUGAAUGUUUGUUUUUAGUGACGUUAAAGAUUAAUAAGCUGUUGUUUUAUGUGAUAUUUGUUUAAAAAUGGUUGAAUCUUGCAGUGCGGUCAAUUGUUGCAAUAGACGCAGAAAAGAUGUGAAAAUGAAGUUUCACAGGUUGGUUUUAAUCAUCUCAUUCAUUUAUGUGUGAGAAUUACCAGUUAAUUGGUAAUUCGAGAAAAUAUCUGGAUUUUUAGGAUACUUACAGAUCCUAACAUGAGGAAGUUGUGGUUAC